AUGGCAUGUCUCAAAGGAGACGCUUUGCUAGCCAUAAAGGGUUAUGACAUAUCCUCAGAAAUUAUGAUUUCAUACGAAAAGUCCUUAUUGAGAAGUUCGAACAACCGCACAUCAUCAAGAAAUUGCUCUACAAUGAAUUGCAUUCUAUCAAGAAGAAUGACCGUGAAUGCGAAACUUAUUCAAAGAAACGAAGAAGUUACAAGAAGCCAAUAUCUUGACAUUAUGAAGGAGCAAAAAUUAACUAAAAAUAAAAUUAAUCCACGAAUUAAUUCACGAUAUUUUCCAGAAGAAACUUCGGCUCUAACUAUAACGACUCCGCAAACAUAUACAAAAGCUAAUACGACGAAGGUAAAUAUGCAAGAAGCUUCAAAUAAAGUCGUAGUUUUAUUCGAUAGUAGUGCUCAAGUAAUUUGUAUAUCAAAGAAACUAUCAAAGAGACUAAACCUAGAAGAUGUUGAUUACGAGCAAGUGAAGCUUGCAACAUUUGGUAACAGGAGAUCUCAACAAUCCAUUGCAGCCAAAGUACAAAUUGGAAUAAAAACUAUUGAAGCAAAAAUUAUACCUAUUAUAGCUACAGUAGUCAAUUAUUUAACAAGGUUUUCUUUAAUCAACACAAUAGUCGGCCCAAUGAUUGUUGGAAGCGGAUAUAUGGACAACCAUGGUAAUCGCCUCAACAAGAUGGUUUAUGACCCACACGAAAAAACACAUACUGAAUGUUGUUCCGUCCAGAAUGAGAAGCAAACCACUGUUACACCUAGUAAUAUGGGCAUUCCAGAGAUUGAUCUAUUCUGGAAGUUGGAAUUCAUAGGAAUACAAGAUCAACCUAAUUUGCAUGAGGACGAACAAUCUUUAGAAAGAGAAAAUAAGGAAAUCGUUUUUCAAGAAAAAUAUCACCGAAAACAAUGGCAGAUACCAAGUGCUUAG